AUGUGCAGAUUCCUGGUCUACAAAGGCAAGGACGAGAUCCUGUUGUCCAAACUGAUCCUCGAUCCUACCCACUCCAUUCUGACCCAGUCCUUCGACUCUCGCCUGCGCCUGGACACUCGCCGCCCGCACAACGGCGACGGCUUCGGCGUUGGCUACUACACUUCUCCUUCCCUAGGCCCUGAGCCAUGCAUCUUUACGUCCACGAUCCCGGCUUGGAACUGCAUCAAUCUAGAGCGGCUUGCGUCCAAGACCACGUCCUCACUCAUCUUCGCCCAUGUCAGAGCUACGACCGAGGGGAAUCUGUCUGAUAGCAACUGCCAUCCGUUCCGGCACGGCCAGCUGAUGUGGAUGCACAACGGCGGCAUCGGAUCAUGGAAGCAUGUCAAGAGGCGGCUGGCGACGUCUGUAGCGGACGAGUGGUUCAACUUUGUGCAAGGAAGCACCGAUAGCGAAUGGGCUUUUGCCCUGUUCCUGGAUAGCAUGGAACGGAUGGGCCACUCACCGAACGCGGAACCGGGAGAGAGCGGCUUCGGACACACGGCGCUGCGGAAGGCGAUGCUCAAGACGAUUGAGCGGAUUAAUGGAUUCAUCGCGGAAAUUCCGGACCGGUUGAAGACGGAGGAGGACUCCAGAAGCUUGCUCAACUUUGCCGUCACAGACGGGCACAGCGUCGUUUGUACGCGGUAUGUGAGCAGCAGGACGGACGAGGCGGCGAGCUUGUUCUUCUCGUCUGGCACCAGCUGGAAGCAGCAGAAGCCGAGCGGACCGUCGGACGAUGAGAAAGGGGACUACAAGAUGGAGCGGAGAGACAAGGGUGCUGAUAUCGUCCUCGUCGCCAGCGAGCCGCUGACGUUCGAAAGAGACAACUGGGUCACCGUCCCCACUAACUCGACCCUGACAAUCCACAAGCAGACCGUCAUGAUCCACCCCAUAAUUGACGAGUUCUACAGCUACAACCCCUCUCACUCGCGCUCGUCGCAGUUCGCCAGGACCAAAGGCCAAACCGUAACCGGCGCAGAUAAGAAGGUGCUCUCGCAGACCUCAACGCAAGAACCCUCUGGUGCGGCAACGCCGGUUUCUGGGUUCGGUCUUGCCGAGGCGAAUGACCCGAGAGAGAAGCUGGAGGUGCUACGCAGCGCUUUGGGCCGAGCGAGGCUUGGUGAUGCGUGA